CGGUCGGUACGGAAGACGGGGGGGAGGGGAGACGUAGCGUGUCGCUGCGCGUCGCGGCGCAUUUUUAAGUUGCAUCCUCGUCGUCCCGUACGAGGUUUUGAUGCGAGCGUUUCGAGAAUUUCGUGGAGUGUCGGAAGUAAAGUAAAUUGUCGAGCGUUCGUGCCAACAUUCGUUGUCAGUCGGAUGCGAUGUAUUGUGCGAAGUUGGCUGCCAUAAGGAUACGCAAGAGCCAUACCCUUGUAACCCUUCUAUUUCUAUCAUAAUUCUAACCUAUUUUACGUCAUUUUACAUCUUACGUCAAAGUCGAUGUAAGAGGCGAAUCUUUACGGCUCAUCAGAGUUGUUUCAAGACACUUCAGUUUGCUUCAGUUAUAUCUGCUUUGAGAAGAAUUAAGCACAAUGGGAGAACGUAAGGGAACGAAUUUAUACUAUCCACCGGAUUAUGAUCCCCGUGCCGGUGGUCUCAAUAAAUUCUUAGGCACUCAUGCAUUGCGUGAGCGAGCCCGCAAGCUCCAUAUGGGCAUCUUGAUCAUACGAUUUGAGAUGCCUUACAAUAUAUGGUGCAAUGGAUGUGAAAAUCAUAUUGGUAUGGGUGUCAGAUACAACGCAGAGAAGAAGAAGAUUGGAAUGUACUAUAGUACCCCGCUCUAUCAGUUUCGCAUGAAGUGUCAUCUCUGUGAUAAUCAUUUUGAAAUAAAAACUGAUCCAGCUAAUCUGGAUUAUGUCAUAGUGAGUGGUGCAAGACGUCAAGAAAAUCGGUGGGAUCCUAAACAAAAUGAACAAGUAGUACCAGAAACUAAAGAAGUAUCAUGCAGAUUGUAUGACGAUGCAAUGUACAAAUUAGAACAUGGUAUAGAAGAUAAAAAAGUAGCAAAAUCUCGAGAUUCAGCACUGGAAGGCGCAUUAGCCAUGAAUGAGAGUAUCUGGAAAGAUGAUUACAGCUCUAACUGUGCCGUGAGAGCUUUAUUUCGGGAAAGAAAGAAAGAGCUAAAGAAGAAGCAAGCUGACGAUCAUGCAUUAUUAAAAAAGACAGGACUAGAUAUUGACCUAGUAAAUGAGCAUGAAGACGACAUCAAACUAGCUAAAUUACUAACUCCUAAGAAAGAUGUAAGGAGAAAAGGAGGCACAGAAUUGAAACGCUUAAUCUCGAUCGUGCGAUCUAAAAAUAGAAAAAAACUAUCUUCUUCGAUUAACCGAUUGAAACCACAAAGCCAGGAAUCAUCGAAGAUACAAGAAGUAACUGAUAACACUACCACCUCCAAAGCUAGUAGUUCUAACACAUCUUUGGUCAAUUACGACAGUUCCAGUACCGAUAGUGAUACUUAGUACUUUAUUUCUAUCACAAAGCGAUAUGUACGAUAUAUAUUUGUAAAUAAAAUAUUACGAAGAUAAAAUUUAUUGUUUCACAAGAACUGUUUCAUUUACUGUUUCACUAAUAUUAAGAGUAAACUGCAACACAUGUAACAAAAUACAAAAAUAUUUUGAUAAAAUAUAUUUUGAAAAUGAUUAAUUGUA